UUCCCAGGAUGGGUUGUCUCUUCUUUGUUGGGUCAGAAGAGAGAAGCCUGCUCGAAUUUGCGCUGGCCUCGAUCCGCUGCAAACAACGGGCUUACCGCGGUGGAAACGAUCUGGGAGUUCUCUGCUGCUGCUGCACUCUGGAUUCCUAGCGUUGUUCUUGCUCAGUUACUGUUAGUGAUCGCUUCAAGCGGCACAUGCCUGAAGGAUAUGUGUCCAGGGAGUGGAUUCUUCCUUCUGAAACUUUAUGGUUGUAGGCUUGGUGAGAUCGGGCAAGGGUGUGUGUAAUCACGAUUUCGGAUGCUCCAACUCAGUCACCCACCGGCUGUGAGAGUACUUCAUCGGGUGGAGCAGCAAAGACAGUACAACAUACUCAAAAUACUGAAAUGCAUCCAUUUUAUUGAUUCAAGAGGCAGUGGAAGAAAGGAAGAGGAAAAUUGCCAAGGGGUUCAUAUGAAAUCCUUUCCAUUUUCAGAAAACUUGGUGACAGCAAUCAGGAUAAUGCUAAAGACACAGACUGCUAAUUCGAUUUACAAUUAAGUGAUUCCACAGAACAAAAUGGGAAAUUCGGAAAGCCAGUACAGCCUUCAGGGUACAAAGAAUCACACCAAUUCUUCAUCUGGUGCCAAACAGAAGCCUUGUUCUCUGAAAAUACGCAGCAUCCAUGCUAAAGAUGAGAAGUCCUGCUCCAUACGUGGAUGGAGUCACAGUGUCAGUGGCACAAACUACAAAUCCCGAUCACUAGCCAGAAGCUGCCUUUCCCAUUUCAAGAAUACUCAACCUUAUUCCUCCAGACUCAGUGACACAGUAGUGAAAGUGUCCAAGAGCAGCAGCCAUGCCAAACAUAGAACUCACAGCUCAGAGAGCUACAUCCAAGGAAAUAAUAAUGCAUUUUUGCCAGAGAGUGGUUUUCACUAUAUUGACUUUGAAGCUACAAGCAACCAUGUUGCUUCCAGGAACUGUAAUGGGCAUUUCUUAAAUUGCUAUGGGAAGAAUGAAAGUGUAGAAUCUACCCCACCAUCAGAUGACAGAAUGAGUCCAAAGGUUCUCAUUAAGACUCUGGGGAAAUUGGAUGGGUGUUUGAGGGUUGAAUUUCAUAACAGCAGCAGCAACAGCACAGUUUCUAGAGAUGAGUCCAGUGAACCAGUCCAACUCCUACGGUAUUCACCUACUUUAGAGUCCGAAAGGAAUAACCUACUUGAAGUGAAGGAGACUUCUAGUACAGAUUAUGCUGCAAACCAUCACUUAUCGGCCAGUGACUCAAGACUUAGAUCCAGUAAAGGAAGCUCCAUUAGCUCAGAGUCUUCAUGGUAUGAUGCACCAUGGGGCAAUAAUGGAGAUAUUAAUGAAUUGGAUGGGUCAUACAUAUCCAGGAGCACCCCAGAAGCAAGUCUCCAAGUCAGUUUCCCCCAGAGUGACUACAAGAAGCCCUUGAACCAAAGUUCAUCUCUCUCUUCCCUCCGUGAUUUAUAUGGGGAUACAAAUCUUAGAAGCUGCCAAACAUCCGAGAUUGGGCUCUCUGCAGAUUACAUCAAUACUCAUGCCAGUUUAAUCAACCGUGUUUCAUUUACCUCAGCCAUAGAUGUUCCUUCCAAGAUAGAGCACAGAGGACCUCUGCAGUAUUCUUCCUACACUCUCCCCUGCAGGAAAUCUACAGCCCUUAAUGAGGAUGCAACCAAGAAAGAAACGUUGAAAAGCCGAAUGCGCAGGAUCAGUGAUUGGACAGGAAGCCUCUCAAGAAAGAAAAGAAAGUUACAGGAGCCAAAAUGCAAGGACUCAAGUGAAUAUUUUGAUAUUGGAAUUGAUAGCCUUUCUCCAGACACUGCCCAUCUCUCUGGUUCUCUGUGGUCACCCAGCUCUAGUCAGAUCUUCCCCCAGAGAAGUGAUUCUGCUAAUGCAAUCAGUAGUGAUGUCCUGAGACAGAACAUUUAUGAAAACUUCAUGAGGGAGCUUGACCUGAGUAGGACCAACAUUGAGAACACAGAUACUUCCACAGAAACUGAAGACUCUAGCAAUGAGUCUCUCAGCUCCUUGGAACAACUGGAUCUGCUAUAUGAGAAAGAACAAGGAGUUGUUCGCAAAGCAGGAUGGCUUUUCUUCAAACCUCUUGUGACCCUACAGAAAGAGAAGAAGCUUGAGCUGGUUACCCGGAGAAAAUGGAAACAGUACUGGGUAACACUAAAAGGAUGUACCUUGCUGUUUUAUGAGACUUAUGGAAGGAAUUCCAUGGAGCUUACCUCGAGCACCAGCUCACCUCGAUAUGCCCUGUUUGCAGAAGACAGUAUAGUGCAGUCAUGUCCAGAACACCCCAAGAAGGAGAAUGUGUUCUGCCUCAGCAAUUCUUUUGGAGAUGUCUACUUAUUCCAGGCUACAAGCCAGACCGACCUCGAAAACUGGGUUACAGCAAUACAUUCUGCUUCUGCUUCUCUCUUUGCAAAGAAGCUUGGAAAAGAGGAUACAGUCAGACUGCUUAAAAAUCAGACUAAAAGCCUUAUCCAGAAGAUUGACAUGGAUAGCAAGAUGAAAAAGAUGGCUGAACUACAACUCUCUAUCGUUAGUGAUCCUAAAAAUAGGAAAGCAAUUGAGAAUCAGAUCCAGCAGUGGGAGCAGAAUCUAGAGAAAUUCAACAUGGAUCUCUUCAGGAUGCGCUGUUACCUAGCCAGCUUGCAAGGUGGGGAGUUACCAAAUCCAAAGAGCCUUUUGGCUGCUGCAGGUCGUCCUUCAAAGAUAGCACUAGGAAGGCUUGGCAUCUUCUCGGUCUCAUCCUUUCAUGCACUGAUCUGCUCCAGGGAUGAGGCGGCUCUUAGGAAGCGAACUCUGUCUCUGUCACAGAGGGUACGGAGUAAGAAGGGUUUGUUUUCCUCCCUUAAAGGACUGGACACUCUGGCAAGAAAGACAAAGGAGAAAAGGCCUUCUAUAACUCAGAUUUUUGACUCUGCUGGAGGCCAUGGAUUUACUGGAAGUCAACUACCUCAAAAUCCCAGUAAUUCUACUGAGCAGAAGGUAGAUGAAUUUCUAAAUAUAUACUGCUCGGCUCCAGAGAGUGCUGCAAAAGAGAAUCCCUGGGACAUCCAGUCAUUUGUUCAUUUUCCUGAUGGCCAAGGAGUAAUGUUAAGUCUCAAGCCAGAUCACAGAGUAGAGGAUGUUUUGGCUUUGGCAUGCAAGAUUAAGCAGCUGGAACCAAGACACUAUGGCCUACAGCUCAGAAAGCUUAUUGAUGAAAAUGUUGACCGCUAUAUUCCUGAAGCAUAUGAAUACAUCCAAGACCAGAUGUAUGAUGAAAUAGAAAUAUUUCCCUUAAGCAUCUUCGAGGUGCAUCUUACUAAGAAUGAGGGUGUAACUGAUUUUGGAUUUGCAGUCACUGCACAAGUUGAUGAGCGCCAGCAUCUCACCCAUAUAUUCAUAAGUGAUGUUCUCCCUAAUGGGAUGGCUUACAAGGAAGGGUUGCGUGUGGGCAACGAAAUCUUGAUUAUAAACGAGGAGUCUGUGUCUGAUCUUGACCUCAGACAAAUGGAGUUAUUGUUCUCUGGGAAAAGUGUGAUGCUGACUUUGACUUCAAAUCACAACAGCAACAAGAGUGCAUUAUGCACUUCGUGGUCAGAUGGUGACAUUUCCAGGGAAGCAAGGAACUUGUUACCUCCUCCUAACCAGUCACAGCUCCUGGAGGAAUUUCUGGAUAACUUCAAAAAGAAUACAGCAAAUGAUUUCAGUAAUGUGCCUGAUGUCACAGCAAAUCUGAAAAGGAGCAUUACAGAUGGCACUCUGGACCAAGUUCCACAAAAGGAGAAACCUGAUUUGCCUUUCAGGAGCACUGAACAGAUUUCAGCACUGUGUCCAAAUUUCCAUGAAACCCAUGUAAAUAAUAUGGAGGGCAUAAAAGAAGUACCACCUCUAAAACCACUGGCACGACAACUUACAGAUGCAGACAGACUUAGAAAAGUUAUUCAAGAACUUCUGGACACAGAGAAGUCAUAUGUAAAGGAUCUGAGCUGCCUCUUUCAGUUCUAUUUGGAGCCUCUCCAAAGUGAGACCUUCCUCACUCAAGAUGAGAUGGAGUCUUUGUUUGGCAGUCUGCCAGAAAUGCUGGAUUUUCAGAAGGUAUUUUUAGAGACACUUGAAGAUGGGAUUUCCUCAUGUUCUGAUUUUGACACCCUUGAAACCCCUUCUCAAUUCCGGAAACUGCUGUUCUCUUUAGGAGGUUCUUUCCUGUAUUAUGCGGACCACUUCAAAUUGUACAGUGGAUUCUGUGCAAACCACAUAAAAGUCCAGAAAGUUCUGGAAAGAGCCAAAACGGAUAAAGCUUUUAAGGCCUUCCUGGAUUCUCAUAACCCCACAAAACAGCAUUCUUCCACUCUGGAAUCCUUUCUUAUCAAGCCAGUUCAGAGAGUGCUGAAAUACCCACUGCUCCUGAAAGAGCUGGUAUCUCUGACAGACAGUGAGAGUGAGGAGCAUUAUCAUCUCACAGAAGCACUGAAAGCAAUGGAAAAAGUGGCCAGUCACAUUAAUGAAAUGCAGAAGAUCUAUGAGGAUUAUGGUGCAGUGUUUGACCAACUAGUUGCAGAUCAGAGUGGAACUGAAAAAGAGGUCACAGAACUUUCCAUGGGAGAGCUUCUUCUGCACUCUUCAGUUUCAUGGCUGAAUCCAUUCCCAUCACUAGGCAAAACAAGAAAAGACCUGGAACUCACAGUGUUUGUGUUCAAAAGGGCAGUCAUACUUGUAUAUAAAGAGAACUGUAAACUGAAGAAGAAAUUGGCAAGUAAUGUUCGUCCUGCGCAUAAUCAUGGUGACUUGGAUUUGUUUAAAUUUCGUUGGCUGAUUCCUUUAUCUGCUCUUCAAGUCCGACUGGGUAAUACAGCAGGAACAGAAAACAACUGCAUUUGGGAAUUGAUUCAUACGAAGUCAGAAUUAGAAGGAAGACCUGAAACAACCUUCCAGCUCUGUAGCAGUGACUGUGAAAGCAAGACCAAUAUAGUCAAAGUGAUUCGUUCAAUAUUGAGAGAGAAUUUCAGACGCCAAAUAAAAUGUGAUUCACCUUUGGAGAAAACUUGCAAAAAUCGCCUGGUUUUGCAUAAGAAUCGAAUUCCUGUUUCAGCAAAACUGGCUUCUUCAAGAUCCUUGAAGUUACUAAAGAGCUCUCCCAGUAACGAAUGGAACAUUGAUGCAGGCAAAGGUAAUGAACUCGAUUCUGAUGAAUGUAGCCUCAGCAGCAGUACUCCAAGUAGCAGCUGCCAUACCAAUGACAGCAUACUGGAAUCCAAAAAUUCAUCUCCUAUGAAGCAUCUACAGAACUGUGCAUCAGAUUUUUCAAACAGUCCUGUCAAGGAAUCUGACAUUCUAAGUGAUGAGGAGGAUGACUACCAGCAGAUUCUAAAGAAAGGCAGCCCCACAAAAGACAUAGAAAUCCAAUUUCAGCGCCUGAAGAUUUCUGAGAAUCGUAGCGAGGAUACUGAAGAAAUAUAUCCUCCUGAGAGAGAGAAUGAGGAUGGUUAUACGACAGGAGAACAUCCUAAACUAGUUCGUGCACACUUUUGUCCUAUUAAACGGAAAGUGAACAGUACAAGACGCGACAAAGGAACAUUACUGGCAAUGCAGGAACGGCACCAAUCUCUUGAUAGUCACCCUGAUGCUGCAAGUUUUGACCUGAAUUCUAUUUUAGAAAGGGAAUUUAGUGUACAAAGUUUAGCUUCAGUGGUUAAUGAGGACUGCUUUUAUGAAACUGUGGACAGGCAUGGGAAGUCCUAGCUGCCUGAACACUUUUUAAAAAAAAGAAUUGAUUUACAUAUUUUACUUUUAAAACCGAUGAUUAUUGUAACUUGAGAAACUACUAACCAAUUUAAUGCACUACUGUGUUUUUCCACAGAAGCAGUUCUAAAGGCUUAAAUUAUUUUAACUUAUUGCAGACCAGAACAAUUAGAUUAAGCUGCCCUGUAUUUGUAAACUAUCCUAUCCCUUUUGAACAAGAUUACGUAACAUUUUUUAAAUAGUAAAAAAAUGGAAAUGAAACUAAACAAUUGUGAUCUACUUUUUUUGGUCAUUUAACUGCCAUUUUUAAUUUUUGCUUUAUUUAAAGCAGAAUUAAGUUAUUUUUAAUUCACCUUAGAAAAAUAAAGUGUCACAUGAUGUUGCACUAAGUUGCAAAUUGGUGUUUAUACUUGAUUUCACAUAUAUAUAUAUGUAAAUAUAAAAACCUGUAUUGUAAUCUUAUUUUAUUGUAUUUUUAUUUUCUCUACAAGCUUGUACAGUAAAAUGCUAAAUGCAUUAGACAUGCUCUUUA